AUGUGUGGACCCGGUCUGUGGCAAGAACUCUACUAAAUUAACUUUCUAGACUCGCGAACGUUUGGAUGAAUUUUGAAUUUUAGAUUCAAGUUGAAGUUUUUUUCUUAGUUGUAACUCAAAGAUUUUUAAUUUUAAUGUGGUCUUAUGGUGUGGGAAAUGUAGAGUACCCGGAAGAAACCACGCCUGUCCGGUAUGGUGACCAUCAAAAUGUAUAAAGGCAUGUUACUGAUAUGAGGCUAGUUCAGAUAAGGACGCUGAAGCCAACACGCCAAUAUACAGUCGCUGUUCGUAGUAUUGGAAAACGAAACACGAUUUUAAAGCGCAUAGUUUUGAAGAUCUAACAAGGAUAUGCUUAUCUGGAACACUCAUGCGUCCGAUUUACCCUUCCAUGCGGUCAAGCAUCGCCGUUUCGGAAUGUGCUGACCCUUGUCAACAUAAUACAGGCGGAAAAAAACGGACACCCGAACAAGAUCCCGGACACCGACCACAGAAGGAACAUGAGGGUGAAACAGUUCAACUACGUGAAACUUUGAAGCUGAAACAGAAUCACAUUUGCAUUUUAGAAAAACAAAUUGAGGAAUUAAAAGAUGAGUUAAAGGAACAGAACCGGGCUAAUGCAGAACUUACAAAUAAUGUGUCCCAUUUAAAGGAUAAAAUUGGGACACUGCAAAAAUGUAUUGAUGGGCUUAAAAAGGAGACCGACAAGCGGAAGAGCGAAGUAGAUCCUGAAGGUGAUGAAUCUCAAGACAUGACAAUCGAUGGUGAACAUUUACAAAGACAUCAAAUCAGGCGUGAUCACCAGUCAAUUAAGCGUAAAGGCAAAUUAAAUGCGGAAAAAACUAGAAAGAAAGAAGUAAAAAAGAGACAUGACGAACCAGUACCUUCAAAAAAGUUUUUUGAUAUAGAACGCAACACAAAUCUUGGAAGGCGAAAUGUAAAAACACGUGGAAUACAAACAUCGACUUGCGCUUUCGACGAACAUCGUCAACUUCAAAUCGAGUUCCAAAAGGUUUUAAAGAGGAAAGAGGAAUGUGAGCAUCACAUGAGUAAACGUGCAAAACAAUACAGCACUUUACAGGAAAAAAAAUUGUUUUUUGAACAAAAAUGCCUUAAAUUGACCGAUGAAAUUUCGUCGAAUUAUCGAAGAUAUGAAGACGAAAAACUCGAACUUCAACGUAAAUGCACUGAGCUUACUUCGCUGGUACAGUUGUUGAAACGUCUUACGUCACAAGCCGAUGAGAAAACUGCACUCUUCCGAACAAAGGUAGAUGAACUGCAACAAAAACUUGACUCUAAAAGAAAUGAAUUACAACAACUAAAUGAGGAUUUGCAAAACAAAGCGAAAAUCCUAGAACAGGAGAAAUCUAAGAGCGCUCUACAAAAAGCAAAGCUUUUAGAAGAAAAUAUUGUUAUUGAAAAACAGUCAAAGAAGUGGAAAAAUGAGGCGGAUGAUUUUCGCAGAAAGUACCAAGAUAUAAUGGAACCGUUGGAGGCUGUGUUCACUGAUCCCAAAGGCAUUCUAGAAAUGUCACUUCAUUUAAUGCAGAUUUCCGAAUUGUUGUCGCGUUACAAAAACGAAGAUCAUUCAUUAGCAAAGACCGAAACGGAGUAGAAGUUGCCAAGCAGUAAAGAAGAGUUGGGUGCAUACUCUUAACAAUAUGCUUUACCUACAAUAAUCUCUCACAAGGGCGAUACAGGGAGUUAACCUUGUAUAUAUUUUAAUAUAAUGCAACCAGUAGCCAUACAUUAACAAUUAUAACAAGUAUUCUACUUUAAUUAUUAUUCACAUCGAUGUUUUGUCUUCAAAGUUUCAUACAUGUAUGAAGGUUGCUUCUAUGUAUUUAUUUUGUUCCCAUAUUGUUUGUAGCUUUCGAGCACUUAGAUCCUUAUCUAGAACAUCAUGUGGUAAAUAUCUUUAUGGAACAUUUUAUUCCUAUUUUUCAUAUUGGCAAGUGUCUUCACAUAAUGUAUCUAUAUGGAAAAUUUAAAACAAAAGUUUAUUAUUUGUUGUGUACAAUUGGUUUUCUUUUUUUGAAAGGUUUUUAACAGUUUAUGUAUAAAUGUAUAUUAUUUUAUUUAGGGAUGCAAGAGGUUAACCGGUUAACCGGUUAACCUACCGAACGACCAGUUAACCGGUUACAUUUUCGUCAAAAGGUUAACCUGGGAACAAAAUUGAUUGUGUUUUUUGUGUAUCGAAUAACUUUUACAUUUUUACUUUUUUCGCGUGACAUACUGCCAAAUUGCGCUGGCGACUAGAUAAAACAACAUGCCGCACAGUCGACGGUAAUAAAUAACGUGUCAACAAACACAGCAAUAAAGCAAUAAAUCAAUACCUUUAUGAUAACAAAUAGGCGUUAGUUUUGAUAAUUUGCACCAUUGUUUUGUUUGACUCGCGAAAAUUUAACUAGAGAACUGCGGGGCUAUUAGUGAAGACGUAAUUGACACGUUUAUCGAACUCGCGAUAAAAAAACAGUUUAGACAAUGCACGGCUUUUUGAUGUUUUGUUAACCAAUAUCCAACACUGAUUGCUCGCGAAAAUAACGUGUUUAAUAAGUAACAAUUUUAUUAGGAAUGCAUUCGUAGUUAAAAUCUUGUCGAGUUAACGUCGUAUUUGUUUCUGAGAAAGUAUUACCAUUAUUGUAAUUUACGUCACCAACGAUGCCACCAUUACCGUCCGAGGUAUGGAAACACUUCAGAAAAUCGGCAGACAAGAGCACUGCAUCUUGUCUGUUAUGCAGUGCAACAAUUCAACUGCAUGGCGGCACCUCAAAUCUUCGAAAUCAUAUAAAAUUUAAGCAACCGUCCGUUGAUAACAACAAGGCCAGUCCGGAUGUGGCAAAGCAACAGACGUUACACCAGGUUUAUGGCCCCCGUCUUGCUUCGAGCGAGGCGAUCAAUCAGGCCCUUGCAAAUUUCGUGGUCCAGGCAUACGUGCCCAUGAAAAUCGUGGAACACGAGAGUUUUCGUCAUCUGAUGCAACUUCUGAAUCCGCAGUACGAGGUGCCUUCUAGAACAACCGUCAGGGCGCGCAUUGACCAGCAGUAUAAUGACGCAAAGAAGUCUCUGCUGUCCAGUCUUCAGGGAAGCACGUCAGUCGCCCUCACAACUGACUCUUGGACAUCCAAUGCCACAGAAGCAUACCUCACAGUAACCGUACACUACAUCAAAGAUGACUGGUCAAUGGAGUCGCGCAUACUUAUGAUCCGCGCCAUGCCAGAGCGACACACCGGCGAAAACCUUGCAAUUCGCCUUAAGGAUUGUGUGGAUGAGUUUGGUCUGAAGGGACGUGUUGAAGCAUGUGUUCACGACAAUGCCAGAAAUAUUGACGUAAUAUAAGCGGCCCAAUCAAAAAAUAGAAUAAUGACGCAAGCGAUCUCAAAUUAGAAAUUACUUUCGUUUCUAUAGAGCGGUUCGAGCAGUAUGACAUUUUUAUGUACUCUAACAUUGAAACUACCUAACGCGUUUCGGUUAACCGGUUAAUAACCGGUUACGGCAAAAGGUUAACCGGUUACUGAUUUUUGUAACCUCUUGCAUCCCUAAUUUUAUUGAUUCGCAGCUCAAGAUAUUUGCUUAAAUUCAUUGCAGUAAUUAUAUUCAUUUGUUUAAAAGUAUUGAAAACAUACUGAUCAUAUGUAACAUUCAAUGUAUUGUUUACUGUACUAGUUUCUGCCAUUUUGAUUUGCAUCCGGUUUAGAUAAAAUAAACUUUUAUUUGCUA